GGGCGCAAAGAAGUAUUUUCGUGCAGAGGUAUCCGCGAAUGCGUUAACUUUUUCCGCAGUCGUGGACAUACAGACAUAAUCGUUUUCGUACCGCACUUCCGGCGAGAAGCGGCUCGAUCGGAUUGCCCGAUCACCGAUCAGCACAUACUUUUCGAACUAGAAGCCGAAAAUGUUCUGGUGUGGACACCAUCGCGCCGUAUCAACGGUCGUCGGAUUGUGUGUCACGAUGAUCGGUACAUCCUGAAGACGGCGGAAGAGAAGGAUGCAGUGAUUGUGAGUAACGAUGAGUAUCGCGAUUUGAUCAAGGAAAAUCCACGGUAUCGGAAACUUGUCAAUGAAAGACUUUUAAUGUAUUCAUUUGUUGAUGGCAGAUAUUACCAUCCGGAACGACCGAAUGGAGUGCGCGUCACCGCAACUGAUCGCUUAUUCAAAGAGAAGCAACAGGACCCGUUUGCUACUGCUCGUUCAGCUACAGUUCCUUCUUCCGGACGUGCCUCCCAUGCGGCAGUUGUUCGCACACAUAGCUUGAUUAUUCCAAAUUCCGAAAAGACGAAACUCUCCGAUGAAAAGAAAAUGGUGAAAACGAUUUUAAGCACUCAUCGUGAAGAGCAGACGCAACAGACUGCCGCUCCUCUGCUCUCGGUACUGACUUCAGCACGAACGGACUGCAGCACUCAUCCGAAUCUGGACCGGCACUAUUCCGCUCCACCGAAUCGUUUCCCGCCGACUACCAUCAACCAUCAGCCUGGCUUAUUAUCAGCACCAAUACCAGGAUAUGAUAAUGCAGCAGUACACAGCACACUCCCAUACGGUUCUGUAUCGGAAGCUUCCCCGUGCCUCCCCUUCUCUUACUGCACGAUGCCGCCUUUCUUCGGUUUGUACCUCAAUCAAGCACCAAGUCAAAUCAGCUCACUCCCCUCCUCCCUCUCUGCCCCUUUUUUCCGCCGCUAAGC